GAAUCGCGAAUCAGGCUAAUUGCUUCCUGCUGAUACUGACACUAUAUAGUAACUUCCGCCGGAAAUGUUUUCCCUUUCCUUUCAGCGCACGGUGCAAGAUGGCGGUGCAAAUCUCUAAGAAGAGGAAGUUUGUUGCUGAUGGCAUCUUCAAGGCUGAGCUGAAUGAGUUCCUGACCCGUGAGCUGGCUGAAGAUGGCUACUCCGGUGUGGAGGUCAGAGUUACCCCAACCAGGACUGAAAUUAUUAUUUUGGCUACCAGGACCCAAAAUGUUCUGGGUGAGAAGGGCCGCCGUAUCCGUGAGCUGACUGCAGUUGUUCAGAAGAGGUUUGGAUUUCCUGAGGGCAGUGUUGAACUGUAUGCUGAGAAGGUCGCCACAAGGGGUCUGUGCGCCAUUGCCCAAGCUGAAUCCUUGCGCUACAAACUAUUGGGAGGUCUUGCCGUGAGAAGAGCUUGCUAUGGUGUCCUCCGCUUCAUCAUGGAGAGUGGAGCCAAGGGUUGUGAGGUUGUAGUGUCCGGCAAACUAAGAGGCCAGAGAGCCAAGUCCAUGAAGUUUGUGGACGGCUUGAUGAUCCACAGUGGAGACCCCGUCAAUUACUAUGUGGAUACAGCUGUGCGCCAUGUACUGCUGAGGCAGGGUGUGUUAGGCAUAAAGGUCAAGAUUAUGUUGCCUUGGGACCCAAGUGGAAAGAUUGGACCCAAGAAGCCCCUGCCUGACCACGUCAGCAUUGUGGAGCCCAAAGAAGAGAUCCUGCCAACAACUCCAGUCUCUGAGCAGAAGGGAACUAAACCAGAACAGCCACCUCAGCCUCCUGCCAUGCCCCAGCCAGUUCCCACUGCAUAAUGGGAUUCUGAAAGUCAGGACAUGAAGAUUUUGAAUACAAACUAAAGAUCUGUAAAAUAAAAACAAAAAUUAGAAA